AUGGGCGCGAGUGUCCUUGAUCUAGGCACGAGUGCAAAAGAAUCAACCAACAGGGAGCACCCACGACUUAUCACACAAGAGAUUAAUAUCGACUGGAAAUGUACUUCAGAGACUACAUCCUUAGACGCAAAUCAAGUCACAACUCUCUCGCAAUUUCUGGCUCGACGAUAUCCUUUCAAUAAGCGACCUCAGCAAGACAAAGACUCCGAUGGACGACCGAACUACUACUGGGACAUAUCUCCUUUUCAGCAGCGAAUUCAUUAUGCACUCUCCAACAACCCUGCACAGCUCAGCGCUUCACCCGAAAGCCGCUUUUUCCUCCACCACUACAUCAACACAACAGCAGACGUGAUCUUCCCUCUUUCAUUAACGGGAAAUCCUCUGCGGGAAGACCUUCUCCAAUCAGCCAUGUCAAAUCCGCAUCUCCUCAACGCAUUCCUCGCAUGUGCCUGUUCCCACUAUGCUCGCCGACACGAGGACAUGCCCGUCCACAUGGAGAGGAGUAUUGCCAAGUUCACCAACGCAGCACUGAAUGGCCUAAGACGGGCGAUGCUCGACCCAAAACAAGCCGGCAAACUGGAGACUAUCAGCACUGCCCUCGCAUUAUGCACAUCAGACGUGAUCUCCGGCGAUCUAAGCACGUGGCGAAUACACCUGACGGGCGCAAACAAGUUAAUCUUAUCCGCCUUCCAAUCCUCAUCCGACGAAGACGCCAGGACCCCGAUGGAAACAUUCGUGAUCAAGUGGUAUGCGCUCCUGGACAUUUUCGCCGGGGUCUCCGGUCUACGCAAGAGCUCGAACCCCGGCGGGCGCUACUGGUCCUCCAACGAUGAUGACACCUAUAUCGACGAGUGGACAGGCUACUCGCUAGAUCUGAUCCCGAUCAUUUCGCGCAUCGGGCAGAUGGCGAGAAUCCAGCAAAAGAGAAGUCGGGUCAUGGCCGUGAAUGACAAUUCCGAGGAUGAGGAGGUUGACACGCAACUGCGAGAAGAAAGUCUGGAAGAAUUUCGAGAUAUGGAGAGUCUGAUCUAUUCACUGUAUAACCGGACUGCGCAUCCGAAUUUGGUGAAUCACCCUGAUCCAGCUACGAGGAAACGAGCGGUGGAAAUGCAAUGCAUUCACCGGGCGUUUCUAUAUACGGCCCUGCUUCACUUGUACCGUCGUGUGCAGGAGCUGCCUAAGCACCAUACCAAGGCGGUUUAUGCGGUUCAUAUGAUCAUCGAGACGAUUCAGAUGAUUCCGCGGGAAUCAUCGUCGAAUAUCUUGACGUUGUGGCCCGUCUUCACGGUCGGGUGUGAGACCGAUGAUCAGGAUCAGAGAAAUAUCAUUGAGCAGAGGAUUGCGAAAAUGGAGUCCUUCGGAAUGGGGAACGUGGAAACCGCCCGCCAGGCCAUGCAUGCAUACUGGGAGAGCGGAGCGACAGAGAGAUGGGAUAUAUUCCUGGAGAAUUAUCCACAAGACAUUGUCCUGUUCUGA